GGAGCAAAGAGGAGGAUGCUGUCUUUUUCUCUCAGAUGUCGACUGGGCAUCAUCAGAGGGAGAACCAAAGUAAGGUGGUGGCGGACGAUAUGCAUUCCUUCAAGGGUUCAAGUGUUGCUGUCUGAUCCAGCCAUGCUGUGUGGUCUGAGGAGAGACACCAAGAACAGCAUUGAUGAAGGGCCGUACUCAAAGGGCAACAAAGAGGCAACUGACCAAUCACAUUCGUCCCGUGGGCGCUGCCUUUCAGAGGGGUACCGAGGAGUGACCACGGUGGAGCUGAUGAAAAGGGAAGGCAGCAGCCUUGGCCUCACCAUCUCCGGAGGCUCUGAUAAGGAUGGCAAGCCGAGAGUGUCAAACCUGCGGCCAGGUGGGCUUGCUGCCAGGAGUGACCAGCUGAAUGUGGGAGACUACAUCAAGUCAGUAAAUGGCAUCAACCUGUCAAAGCUCCGGCAUGAUGAGAUCAUUAGCCUGCUGAAGAACAUCGGGGAGCGCGUCGUGUUAGAAGUGGAGUACGAGCUGCCUUCAUUCGUCCAGAACCCGUCAGGAGUCGUAACCAAAACCAUAGAGGUGCUUUUACAUAAGGAAGGAAACAGUUUCGGCUUCGUCAUCAGAGGAGGUUUCCAUGAAGACUGGCGCAGGUCUCGCCCUCUGCUGGUCACUAGCGUCAGGCCCGGUGGUCCUGCUGACAGAGAGGGCACUCUGAAGGCCGGAGACCGAGUUCUGAGCAUAGACGGGAUGCCUCUGAACAGAGAGAGGCACGCUGACGCUUUGACCAUGCUGAUGCAGAGCAGCCAGGAAGCUUUGUUCCUGAUUGGGUAUGACGUUUCUGUCAUGGAGGCAGUGCAGCAGGCCUCGGGCCCUCUGCUGGUGGAGAUACUGAAAGGCCCCUCAACCAGCCUGGGCAUCAGCCUCGCAACAACAUUAUACAGGAACAAACAAGUGAUUAUUAUCGACAAGAUCAAGCCUGCGAGCGUAGCAGAGAGGUGCGGCGCUCUGCAUGUAGGGGACGUCCUGCUGUCCAUCGACGGGACCAGCACAGAGCACUGCUCCCUGAUGGAGGCCACACAGCUACUAGCCAGCACCUUGGAAAUCCUUAAGCUUGAGAUUCUUCCAGCCAGCCAGAGCAGACUUCCCAUCAGGCCGCAGGACACAGUUAAAGUGCAGAAAAGCAACCAUCAUCCCUGGGACCAAAGCAGCAACUACUGCCACCCCCCACAUGCCAGCUACAGCAAGACGUGGAGCAGCCCGAGCCACCCACACAGCCAGCAGGACCUCUGCAAAUCUCUGGUGGGUGGGGGCUUCUCCCCCUCCUCCACAGCCACAUCAGGCUUCAGCAGCCAGGGAAGCAACACGCUGCCCUGCCCCACAGCUCCCACUGCUCCCACCAGCCCUCGUGGCUCCACUGGCAAGAGGAGGAACAGGAAGAAGGACCACAAAAGCUCAUUAUCCCUGUCGUCCAGUUCUGUCGGCCCAGGGGGGCAGGUUUUUCAUGUGGAAACAAGUGAAGUCAUCCUAAGGGGCGAUCCACUCACAGGGUUUGGGAUCCAGCUGCAGGGGGGUGUCUUCGCCACAGAAACGCUGUCUGCUCCCCCAGUCAUCCGCUUCAUUGAGCCAGACAGCCCAGCUGAGAGGUGUGGUUUAUUGCAAGUGGGAGACCGAGUGUUGUCCAUCAAUGGUAUCCCGACUGAAGAGGGCACUUUGGAAGAAGCUCAUCAGCUGCUCAGAGACUCCGCUCUGACUAACAAAGUGACCGUGGAGGUGGAGUUCGAUGUAGCAGAGUCUGUGGUUCCGAGCAGCGGCACCUUCCAUGUUAAGCUCCCCAAACGGAGAGGAGUGGAGUUGGGCAUCACCAUCAGUGCAAGUAAGAAACCUGGCCAGCCUCUGAUCAUCUCUGGCAUCAAGAAAGGGAGCAUAGCACACAGAACAGGCACUCUGGAGCCCGGAGACCGGCUGCUGGCCAUUGAUUCAGUGCGUCUGGAGGACUGCACCAUGGAGGAUGCCAUGCACGUCCUGCAGCAGGCCGAGGACAUGGUCAAACUGCGCAUCCAGAAAGACGAGGACAACAUUGAUGAGUUGGAGAUGUCUGGCUCAAUAAUCUACACAGUUGAGCUGAAGAGGUAUAACGGACCUCUGGGCAUCACUAUUUCUGGCACAGAGGAACCUUUUGACCCCAUCGUCAUUUCUGGUCUUACCAAGAAGGGUCUUGCUGAGAGGACUGGGGCCAUCCAUAUAGGGGACAGAGUCCUGGCCAUCAACGGAGUCAGCCUUAAAGGAAAGCCGCUGAGUGAGGCUAUCCAUCUGCUGCAGAUGGCCGGAGAGUCCGUCACGCUCAAGAUCAAGAAACAGUCCGAUAAGUCAGAGUGCCGCCGGCCUCCCGACAGAGAAGCUGGGUUUUUAAGCGAUCCAGAGGACGAACUGACGGAAUCUCAUAAAACCAAUAAACACUCAGUCUACUCAGCCACUGUACCCAGUAUAGACUCUGCCAUGAGCUCUUGGGACAGCUCAGGGUUCGAUGCAGGCUACAUCGCCCAAGGAACCUAUCUGCCUAAAAGUUCUGAUUUGCUGCUAAAUCCACCUGAGUGGAGGCGUCCGAAACACAAGAGUCACAUCACGUCUGGCUCUGCAGGUCUGGCCCAUCAAACGGCGCUCUAUGAUGGGAGGUUCACUGAGGACGAGUGGGACAAGAUACCUGGAUUCGUCAGCCUCCCUCGUUGCCACGGGACCUUGAACAAGGAUGACAGCUUCUGGUCCCAGGCUCUGCAGGACCUCGAGACCUGUGGCCAGUCAGAGAUUCUCAGAGAGUUGGAGGCAUCUAUGACAGGAAGUACUGUCAGUCUGUACCUUGAUGAGUCCAAGACCACUGAAGAUUCAAUGUUUCACUCUGAAAUAAGUCCCAUAAAGAAAGAGAAAAGCCACAGUGAAGCCAAAACCAAAAGCUUGAACUUGUCAUCUGGAGCCAGAGAUGGAUCGUCCAGGACCAAAGAGGACCCCUCUGAUAUAUUGUCCCCCUCUGGUUUAGCACUGCACAAGGUCUCUAUAAGGAAGGACUUUGAGAGCAACAGCUUUGGCUUCAGUGUGUCAGACAGACUCUUAGAAAAAGGAGUUUAUGUGAACAUGAUCAGACCUGACGGUCCAGCUGACCGUGCUGGUCUAAAACCUUUCGACCGCAUUCUUCAGGUGAACCGAGUGAGAACGAGGGACUUGGACUGUUGUCUGACUGUGCCUCUCAUUACGGAGGCCGGAGACUGCCUGGAUCUGGUCAUUAGCAGGAAUCCGCUGGCAGCCGCAGACGUGGAGCUGCCCAGCGACUGUGACGAGCCUUCAAACUCACUGCUGUGCUUUGCCAACUACAGAACCAACAGCAUCGCUCUGUGAACACAAAGGAGGACGUGAAACACCGCAGCACUGGGACCACACACAC